GUCAGAAUAUAGGUGGGGAAGAAAACACGCGUUAGCACACUUUACAGGACCCGCUAAGAGAGAAGGGGGGAAUUCAGCAGGAGUAUGGCAUGUAGAGUUACUGGGUGAAAGUGAGGGAUGGAGGACGAGUGGGAGGAAGAGGAGCAGCUGGUUGUGGCCGAGCUCUCCGGAGUGAUCGACUCGGAUGUGUUGUGUAAGCGCGGCGGUGUGUGUAAGAUGGUGGGCAUGAGCAGUGAGCAGCCCAUGCUGCAGGUGGGCCGCUAUGUGUUCGCCGGGGAAUACGAGGACGCCCUGGGCACAUGCGUCAUCUUUGAAGAGCAGGCAAAUGAUCGGCCAAAAUCCAGCUCGAGCCCUGUGCUCAGAUACAAGUGCCACACCAUGAAGAAGCUGAUGCUCCAGAGGACCUUCCUGUCCGAGAGGAAGGAUGGAGAGGCGAGCUCCGGAGGCAUCGAGGUCCUGUCUCUGAACGAGGGAGAGGUGUGUGGCAGAUCCAGCACGGUGUGUCACUACGGCCUGGACCCCAAAGAGCUUCAGAGACUCAAUGCUGGAGAAGACAUCAGUGAUGAGUCGGACACUGAGAAAGCAGAGACACAGCAGAGUCCUGUGAAGGAGACAGCAGACAGUGUGUUGGAAGAGACAAGAGAAAACCUCACACACUAACUCCAUCUGCACCUCAGGGGGACAGGGGACCAAAUCUCACUGCAGUGUUUACAGGACACAUUAGAGUUAAUACACAAGAUCAGACAGGAAGCAAUUCUGAAUAUUUUUAUACUAAAUUUUGAUGCAUAAUAUACAAGUUCAAGUAUAUUAAUCACUCACCAUCAUGUCUUGUGCUGCAUGACAUAUUGUUUCAUGAUCUUUAUUCCAAUACUGAUCUUGGUGAUUGUAUUGAUACUGCUGAAGUCUGGAAUGUGCAAAUAACAAGUAUAGCAAACAUCAUUUAUUAUUGACUAAAGCCUUACAGAGAGUUUCCAGAUGAGUUUCCUGUAGGUGUUUUAAUAAAUUCAGGGGUAUUAAUGUAAUAUGUGAGUCACAACACUGCAAAACUUUACCGUCAACUUUACAGUAGGUUACUGGUAAUUGUAGUUCAUUACUAGACAUAAUUCCAGUAGAAGAGAGAACGUAAGCCUAGGCCGUCCACCGAUAAUUUUAAAAUUCUCAGAAUAGCAAUGACGAAAAUGAAUCUUCUGUGCACAAUCACAACAUGAAUAUUUUUUUUGUUCCUUUUUAAUUUACCACUGCAGAUUGAAAGGCACAGCUAUCAAAGUGUCCCUGUACUGUACUGUCCUUUGACAUUAAAAGUUAACAUGAUUAA